AUGGAGAAUUUUGAUGAAGUUAUAAAAGAAUAUCAGAAGUAUCUAGAGGGAAAAGAAAAGACCCACAAGAUAAAUUCUUGUAAGCAUCCAUGCUGUGAGGAAGAUAAUUUAAAAUCAGUAAAAAAUUACUUUAAGGUUUAUCACAAGAAAUAUAUACCCAGCAUUAUUCAAAAGAAAAAAAAAGAAAGGAAUGAACAUGCUCCUCCCCUAUUAAAGGAUAUACAAGAUAAAAGAUGCACAAACGUGUUUGAAAGGUUAAAUGAUAAACAAUUUUAUACGGGAGUUCAAAAAAACAAAUUUAUGGAAUUAUUAAAAAAUAAUAAAAAUAAAUCCUCUUACUGUUAUAAUGAUAUAA